UGUGUGUGUGUGUGUGUGUGUGUGUGUGUGUGUGUGUGUGACAGAGAGAGAGAGAGAAGCCUGUAAUACACUGUCAGAGUGUUCUCUCUUUAAUGAUUUUGCUCUUUUUGUACUCUCUGUACUGGGUCUCAAAUCUAAACAAGCAGUUCCUCCUGUUACCGUAGCAAUGCAUACAGCAGCAGUCAUUUUUUUCUCCCACAUAUAAGUGAAGCCUUUUAUAAAAAGUGUCUUAUCGCUUGCAUAUUUUCAGAGAAAGUCAAGAAGCAAAGGAGGAAUGUCAAAAAUGUCUUGCUUUCUUGAAGAGCUGAUCUUUAGUUUGAGCUGAGAUUUAAAGGGUUUUAAAGUGAGCUCAUGUACUGGGGGAAAGAAAUACUAUCUCUUCCCAGUAAACCAAUUUAUCAUUAGUGUCAUACUGAUGCUGACCUUUUGUUGAAUUUAGUUUUUUCAAACAAUGCCUGAACAAAAGUUCAGCAGAGCUAAUAGUCAUCUUUGGCUGCCCUUUGGGUCAUUAAGUGAUGAGGUUGAUAGGUUUGUAGCUUGAACCUAUUCGCUGGAACGUUGAAGACAAUAUAAUUACACAGCAAGCAAGACACGAAGUAGGCAAAGUUCUUCUUGUUACUCAUGCAUGAGGGAGACCUGCCUGGAGCCAAGUGUCGUUCCACCACUUGACUUCCGUCAGACUCUCAGCCAGGUUCCCCAUAGCACUUCUUUUAUUGUGAUUACAUGAAUAUGCAUAGGGCCAUUAACAUAUAACAUCUUACAUAGGUAUACAUGUGAACAAAGAAUACUGUGUGUGUGUGUGUGUGUGUGGUGUGUGUGUGUGGGGGGGGGGUUCAGAGUGUGACCCCAUAAACGACUUCCCAGAGGUACAGGAUAAAAGUUUGAACAAUCAUACCAAGGUGGUAACAUCCUAGUCCUACAGGAUCUGACUUGCUUAAUUUUGUACAAGCUGACAAGAUAUUAUUGCAUUAUGCUGUUAUGCUGUAUAAGUUGUAAAUGCGUUUUCAUGGCAAUAAUAACUAGUUUAGUACCAGUUAUACCAAGAAUAAGAGAUAAGAAGAGUGAGACGAUGAAGAGAAGGGUACGGGUAGGAGAAGAAUUCCCAGUGUGAAUUAUUUGUUUCAAGCCCUGCAUGAACAGUCUUGAGUCAAACCUUCCUGAGACUGUUCUAUGUGGGCUUUCCUUGUUCUGUCUGUAUAUGCAUGAUUCUUUUUUUUACUUGGUGCUCUGUUUCAAAGACAUGUUAGCUUAAAUUGAAUUAUUACUUAUUUCAAAAUAGCUGUUGAUGUGACAAAAGGUGCUUCUAGUAAAGGGUUAGACUGUAAAAACAAAGUGUAAAUGUCCCUUCUGUGACCAUCCUCUAAGCAUACAACAACUGGACUCAUCCGGUAUGUAAAAUAGGUGAAUCAUCUCUUAAUUUCUUCCUUUCUUUCUUUUUGCUUUUCUUUUUUUAAACACUAAUGAUGAAAUUAGAAGCUCCAACUUUAAUUGCCCUAAAAAACUGAUGUCUUUGAUCCUUCUCUUGGUCUGCAGGAGCAGAGGUAUUUAAUAUAUUUGGAAAUAUACCUACCCGAUGAAAUAUUUAAUUGUGAAUUACUGCAUCACCAAGUCACAAUAUCCUGACUCAAUUUUCCUCCAGUGUCCAAGUCUUGGUGAAUUGAUAAUAUCAGUAUCUGUGCAUAAUCUUGAUGAAUAUGUAUGCACUCUUUUCCUGUUUCUGUCUAUCAUGUAACCAAACAUGCUGUAUACUCACUUCCUGCUGGGGCCUGCUUAGACACUAUCCACUGAAGCAUGCUACCCGGGAUAGAGGUCAAAUCUGUCUGACUUAUUUUUAAACUGGGAGCCGUAUUGCUGGAAUGAAACCUGACACUUUGUUGCUGUUAAUGUUUGUGUGUUUGGUGUGUAUGCCUGUGUAUCCGUGUGGUCUGCUUUGGUCCGUCUCUCUUUAUGCUUCUAGCAAUGCUUUUACAUUAACAAGAGUGUGCAUCUGAGCAUGUAAUAAAUGGCAUAGCUACAUAUAGACAUCAUUAAUGAACAGCUGUGCAAACAUUGGCAAAACCCUUUCAAAUAGCUUGAAGAAUUCCAAUCACAGAUACGACUCCUUCACCCAGACAGUCAGGCGAUGAUAUCAGGACAGCCAAUCAUUAGCUGAUCUCAGGAAAUACUUCCAAUAGUGAGAUCUAUGGGAUUUAAUUGAUCCUCAUCCAAACAUUUAGGGUUACACUCGACAGUGUACAGUGUAUUAUAGUGGUUGUCCCUACCUUAACGAAAAGGAAACUAACUCUGACCCCCAUUUGUAUGGCUGGGAAAUAUGUUAGGAAAACUAAUUAAGAGGCCCCCAUGCUGCAAAUGGAGUGAGGGGGUGGAGUUCUGAGGAGGAACAUGACAUCUCUGGGAAAGGGCUGCAGGGAGAGAGAGGCCAGGGAACCUUUUGUACGACUAGUUGGAUUAUAAAAAUCAGAAAACAGAUCAACCACCAUUUAAACUGCUGUGCCUUUAAGUUGUAACUGGAUUGUUUUUUUAAAAAAAAAUUGUAUCUCACCCAGGACCAUUUAUUCUGAUGAUUAUAUCACACUGAAUAUGGAUUUAUUAUACCUGAAUCAGAUGUUUUGAUGUUGUUUUUGUCUUUUUCCUGGAAUAUCAUGCGCAAGUUUGAAAAACUUUGAUUAAUCCUUUUUGUGUUUGAAUUACGCUUCGAUUACAACUUUUUUAUAUAUCAUUUUUACCCACCUAAACUUUACGUUUCAAUCUGCACACCAGUGCCACUGCCAGAUCUCUCCAGUGAACAUCAGCAGCCUAUCACAUCUCCCUUCUGGAUGUACCCAUAAUAGCAACGCAGAUCGCUUAACACUUUUUCGCAGACUGUCGCUGGUGCCUCCGAAACGGGGGUUUGGUUAUGUAUACGUUCUUUAUUCGUUUAUUUUGAGAACUUUCUCAGCUUUGGACGACAACAUUGCCAUCCGUGUGAAAUGUUCCCUCCGUCCCCGCUACUGCUCGUUUUCCCCGCUGCGCUCUUCUGGGCCGCACAAGUUGCCGGGGACCUCGAGGGUGUUACCAUCCCCGGUGAGAGCGCAAGUUUCGACCCGGCGCACCCCUGCGCCGUAGUGUCUCCACCAUGCAUGAGCGAGGCUGAUCGCUUCAGCUUGGAGGCCCUUCGGAGCAUCCAUCAGAUGAUGGAUGAUGACCAAGAUGGGGGGAUUGAGGUGGAAGAGAGUGUGGAGGUAGACACCUUGCUCUUCAUGAAAUAUUUCAUUAUUGAAGACAUGAAGCAGCAACAGACUAACAAACACAGCAACCUGCACAGAGAAGACCAGCACAUCACAGUUGAGGAGCUCUGGAGAAGCUGGAAGUCAUCCGAAGUACAUAAUUGGACUCAGGAUGACGUGCUCCGCUGGCUGAAGGAUUUUGUUGAAUUGCCACAGUAUGAGAGAAAUUUUAAAGAGUUUAAGGUCAAUGGAAACACACUCCCCAGGAUUGCAGCUAAUGAGCCUUCAUUCCUGAGUGGCCAGCUAAGAGUUCAGGACCAGAGAGACAAACAGAAGCUCACCAUCAAAGCUCUGGAUGUUGUUCUGUUCGGACCACCUACACGGCCCCCUCAUAACUACAUGAAAGACCUGCUGCUCAUUGUGUCAGUUGUGAUGGGAGUCGGCGGCUGCUGGUUUGCCCAGGCUCAGAACAAAGCCAGCAAAGUCCACAUAUCUAAAAUGAUGAAAGAUUUAGAAAGUCUCCAGAGGGCUGAACAGAGCCUCAUAGAACUACAAGAACAACUGGAGCGAGCCCAGGAAGAAAAGCGUAAUGUGGCAGAAGAAAAACAGAGCCUAGAGGAGAAGAUGAGAGAUGAGAUCAUGGGGGCACAGGAAGAGGCUCAUCGUCUGCAUGAGCUGAGGCAGGGAGCUGUUAGUGAGCUGAGCCGCCUCAGAUAUGCAGAGGAGGAGCUGGAACAGGUCCGUGGAGCGCUGAAGCAGGCCGAGAAGGACAUGCAAGCCAGCUGGACUGUCACAGAGGUGCUUCAGCAGUGGCUGCAGCUGACACAUGAGGUAGAGGUGCAGUACUACAAUGUUAAAAAGCAGAGUGCAGAACUACAGCUUGCCACUGCCAAGGAGGAGGCAGAGAAGAUUAAGAAGAAGAGAAGCUCUGUGCUGGGGACACUCCACGUGGCCCACAGCUCCUCUCUAGACCAAGUAGACCACAAGAUUUUGGAGGCCAAGAAUGCCUUGUCUGAAGUAACAGCCUGCCUGCGGGAGCGUCUUCAUCGUUGGCAACAUAUUGAGCUCCUCUGUGGGUUUCCCAUCAUCAGGAAUCCGGGUUUAGCAAAACUCACUGCUCAGCUCUACUCCGACUCAAUUGCCCUGGGGUUGCCUAGAGUGUGCCAGUCAUCUUGUUCCUGCCACAGCUCCAUUCAUGGCUCCAUAGAGGAUCUUUUAGAUGAGCCUACCUCUCCUAUUUUACCUCAGAUACCAGUUGCAGUUGCACCACUUAAACGGUCUCCUCGAGCACGGGUAUCCAUACGUCGGUCACGUCGCUCAGGGAUCAUUCCUCAACCAUCAGCCACCAUGAUCUCCCCAGACCCUGACCUUCUUAUCCCCAUCCGAACUCCCUACUCUUCCUAUGACGAGGAAGAGGAACAUUUCCGAAAAACACUAAAAAAACAAGAUUCCCAAGAAAGGUUCUCAGAUUCAGAGUAUAUGACUUCUCCUCUCAGCAAACUGUUCCCUAGUUCUGCUGUUGACAUCUCCUCUCGAAAGCUCUAUCACGAUGACACUGAGCUGCUUGCUGAGAGCCCUGUUACAAAAACUUUAACUAAAGAAGUAGAGGCUCUUGUUGAAUCGCCACCUCACAAAAUGUCAGUGGAAGACCUUGAAACUUCUGUUGAUAUUGCCUGUAGCAAGAUGGUUAGAGACAAAGCCUUGGAUACUUCGUUGGAAACAUCUUCUUUAAAAAUGUCUGCAGAAGAGUCAUGUAUAGAUUCAACAUCAAGGAAGAUGUCACGCAACAGGACUGGACUUUCCACUGAUGUUGCGCAUAAAAAGGGAAUUUCAAAUGAGACAGAUGCAGAGUUUUCACCCAGGAAAGUAGAGAAGGACACAGUGGGGGAUUUGACAGAAGUUCCCUCAAAGAAUACAUUCAGAGAAAGAAGUGAUUUGGGAAUAGAUGUGAGGAAGAUGAUAUGGGAUGAAGUAGAAGCAUCAGCGGAUCUAGCAAAAAGGAAGAUAUCAAAAGAUAUGAUGGGCUCUUCAACUGACACUUCCUCAGGAAAGAUGACAAGGGAUGAUCCUGAGCAUCUAUUUGACUCCAGAAGGAUUACUAGAGAUUCAAUGGGAGUUUCCCAAGACACAGGUUCCAGGAAACAUGCGUUCCAUAAAGGGGAAAAUCAAUUUGAUUCCUCUGUGAGGGGAUCAGCAAAAGACAAAAUAGUUGAGACAACCAGAAUACCAACAAGAAAAAUAUCUAGAGAUGAGCUGGAGUAUUAUACAGAUGUUGCUUCAAUGAAGAUACUGCCCAGAGAGAGACUCGAAGCACUUGUGGACACCUCAUCCUCUACAGAGAUGCAAGAGUUUUGUUUAGAGCCAUCAAUAAGUAAAGGUUUACUGAGAAAUGAACUUGAAAUGUCUGCUGGUUCUCUCAGAAGGAGAAUGCCAAGAAUGCCGAGAGAGGAUGCUGAAAGCACCAUAGACACUCCUACUGGAAAAAUCUCUUGGGAUAGAGUUGAUAUCCCAAGGGAAAUGCCUAAACAAUUCAUCUUGAGGGAAGAGUUAUCAGAAUCAAGUUCAUUGGCAGCUCACAAUGUGCAGCCUGAUCUCAUGUUAACUUCCCAGGUGCCAUGGAAGUCUUCAUCAGACUUUUUUACUGUUGGGCCACUGAGCCAGCUUGUUUAUGAUGGAAUCCUUGAAAAAUCAUGCAGCUCCGUGUCUUCAGCAACAAACCUCUCUGCUGGCAGGCUGCGAGCAGAGAUGGAGCCACCUCUGCCAAAACCAAGGGUUGUCCUCCCUGCUCCCUCAUUGCCUUUGGAGGCCGCAGAUGACAGGAACAAGGAAAAGGAAAAGAGCAAGAAACCUUUAAAGCUCAAAAAUCUCUUUAAAAAGAAAAAUGAGUCGAGUCCAGAGAAGCUUUAAGGUGCUCUUCGGAAACUCUGGCAAUCAGCUGAUUUUUUUUCUUUCUUUCUUUUGAACAAUUUAUAGAAACUGAGUUUCGAAUUGUCUUUGAUGACAUUCAGUAGUCAAGGUUUUACAAACCUUUUAGCUCAAGGGGUUCAACUAUAGUGUUGCAUUAGUUGUUAAGGAACUGGAGUCAUUAUAUUAUUAUACACGCUAUCCCAAUUUUAGGGGUAAUCAAAAAUAGUUAAGGUUAAAGUUAAGAUUAAGUUAAGGGCUGUUUUUAAUCCUUGGAUGAAAGUCCUUUUUAGUUAAUGAAAUGUAAAACACAUGGAUUUCACCAAAUUUUACAUUUAAUCUUUUGAGAUGCCCUGCCAAGCAUUUAUUGCAACCACCUUAGGUUUCUUUAUAUGUUUUCUGAAGCUGUAUAUCGGACACGUAUCCAGUUAAUUUUGACCAUCUUGUUUAUAGAAUAGCGGUUAUAUCUUAAAAGAAGAUUCAAAGCCAACCCCAUCUUCUUUUAUCUAAACUCCUACAGAGUCAAAAUGACAAAAAGCAAACUAACUAGUAAUUGGUUUUACUUUCUAUACUAAGUCUUAUAGACACAUGGUUGAUAUAGUAGUUUAGAUUUUUUUUUAUAGUUAUGUGUGGUUGAAGGAUUAAAAGUUUUAACAGAUGCUUCUUUCCAGUAUGACAGUGGCAAUUCUUAAAUUCAUUUUAAAGCUUAGAAACUCAAUCAAAACUGUUUAAUACAGUGCUAAAGUUAACACAUUCUUGUGCAAAAGAAACUGAGUUAAAUUUUGUGAUGUCCGAAUUAAAUUUACCUUCCUAAACUUAUCCAAAUUGACUAGUUAGAAACUUUUGGGAAAUUUUCAGUACAGCUGCAUAAUGUACAUAUAUAUCAACAUUAAAGGACAAUUUAAAGGAACUGGAAUUGAAUUUUGUGUAGGGUUUAGGGGGUUAGGGUUAAACUCCAUGCUUUUAAAUGAACAUUAAAAUAGAGACAGUUUUUAUUUACCUAUUUAAUUUUUU